CUUGUUGAUUAUACUUUUUAACAAAAAUAAAAUUCCAUGCCCAUAAUUGCACCAUACCUUUCGGGCUUUCGGCAUUUCACAAAAAAAAAAUCAGACAUUUCACAUUUGAAGUAUUGAACACAUCCUCAUCCCACGCGCUGCCUGAAAAACAGAAAAUCACCCACCGAAGAGAGAGAAACACAAAAACCAGGAGAGAGAAAAACUUGCAGAGAAAGCGAAAAUGGGUGAUCACAUAGCACGAGGAGAUGAUUUCGAGAAGAAAGCCGAGAAAAAGCUUACUAGUUGGGGAUUAUUCAGCAACAAACACGAAGAUGCUGCUGAAUUGUUCGAAAAAGCCGCCAAUUCUUACAAACUUGCCAAAGCAUGGGAUAAGGCUGGUGCUGCUUAUCUUAAGUUGGCAAACUGUUAUUUGAAGGUGGAUAGCAAACAUGAAGCUGCCAAUGCUUAUGCUGAGGCAGGUCAUGCUUAUAAGAAGACUUCAUCCAAGGAGGCUGUAUCUUGCUUGGAGCAGGCUGUGAAUAGCUUUCUUGAAAUGGGAAGACUCAGCAUGGCUGCAAGAUACUGUAAGGAAAUCGCAGAAAUACAUGAGACUGAUGAGAAUUUGGAGCAGGCUAUAGCUUGGCAUGAAAAAGCUGCUGAUCUUUUUCAAAGUGAAGAGGUGACGACCUCUGCAAACCAGUGCAGACAAAAAGUUGCACAAUAUUCUGCACAGUUGGAACAGUAUCCGAAGGCGAUUGAGAUCUAUGAAGACAUAGGACGCCAAUCUCUGAAUAAUUCAUUGCUAAAAUAUGGAGUCAAAGGCCACCUUCUCAAUGCUGGGCUUUGCCACCUUUGUAAGGGCGAUGUUGUUUCAAUAACCAAUGCAUUGGAAAAAUAUCAGGAUCUGGAUCCUACCUUUUCUGGUACUCGUGAAUACAAAUUGCUUUCGGGUUUGGCUUCUGCAAUCGAUGAGCAAGAUGUUGCAAAAUUUACGGAUCUUGUUAAAGAGUUCGAUAGCAUGACCCCACUGGACGCAUGGAAGACUACCCUUCUUCUAAGAGUAAAGGAAAAACUGAAGGCCCAAGAUAAUGAUGACGAUGAUCUUACAUAAGAAAUUUGAUAUGCUGUCAACUUUCGAUUUGUUCCAUUUGGAUAAAAGUGCUGCCUUGAUGUACAAAUGUUCUUCAGUGACAGUUUAAGCAUGGACUAUGGCUUAUGAGGAUGUUUUCAUGUUGGAGAUGUGUUGAUUUUGUAUUUCUGAUUGUAUUUUUAGUCUGAGAGAUAGAAGCAGGUUAUCCUCGUUUUCCUGUGAUGUUUUGCUUCUCAUUAUUGGUUAUUAAUGUGAAGGUGAUUUUUUAUAAGAUGUCCAAUAUCAAUGGCAUAAUGGUUUUGCUGUUGUCAAUUCUAAACAUUUGGCUGAUGAAAUAUGAAUAGUAGUGUGGGAGUUGUUAUACCAAGAUCAUCGUGUGUGGAACCAGAAUCGUGUCACAAACAAAGUAUCAGAUGUGCUAAUUCACGGGUGUUGGGCCUGGCUGUGUACCGCCAUCGGAUUUUAUUACGCUAGGAGGUUCACUAGAUGAAUGGUCCUUGGUUGCAGGCUUUUUAUGAUUGUCUUAGAUGAUCUGUAGUUCUUUCUCCGUUAUGGUAGUUCUUUAAAUUUCCUGUUUAGGAUGUCACACAAUAUUUGUCAAGUUUUCAAUAGCAAACAACAAAAUCAUUUCAUGUUC